AUGCUCUUAUUUAUUAUCCGAUUGAUUGCCUCAUACAAUAUUAUCCUUCGCAAGAUAUCAUUUAAUAAAGCCACCCAGCUUGUUGAAUUCAAAUUCAGAGUACAGGAUGCAAUGGUAUCUGAACAUGAAACAUCUCAUGUUACUUGUGAAGUGUGGUGUACAUCUGGUCUAGAUGAGCUACCAAUACUCAUUACGACAGUAUAUCCAUUAGAAACAAACAGAAACACCUACAUAUUUAUCAAGGUAGGAGAGAUGAAAAACAACUGGUAUUAUUGGAUUGUAGCAAAGGACGCGUUACAACUAAACGUGGCAUAUUCCAACUACUUUAGAAUUAAACUGAGGACUGAAUUAGAAAAUCAAUAA